AUGACAGUUGAGACCAUUUGGAAAAAAAUAGCCAUAUCAGAAUCAGAAGUUAGUUUACAUAAAGUUUUACGAUGUGGUCAAACUUUCAGAUGGAAGAGUAUAAACAACGUUUGGUCAUUUGCUAUUUCUGAUAGAAUCAUUUUAUUAAAACAAGAUGAGAGUAAUAUUUACUAUUCUCAUAUUAUGCAAAAAGGACGUUCUGGAAAUGAUCUGGAAACUUUGUCAUUUAUAAAUGAUUAUUUUACAUUAGGAAUCAAUCUAGGAGAGUUAUACACUCAUUGGAAGUUAAAACAUCAAGUAUAUCAAUCUAAAACCAAAAAAUCUCCAUUUGAUUUGUUCACUGGGAUAAGAAUACUUAGACAGGAUCCUUGGGAAUGUCUUGUCUCAUUUAUUUGUUCAUCCAAUAAUAAUGUUAAACGUAUUUCAAAGAUGUGUGAUAAUCUAUGUAUUCAUUUUGGAGAAUAUAUAAAUGAAUAUGAAGGACACAAGUAUUAUUCAUUUCCUACACCAGAAUCAUUAUCACAAUCUUCAGUAGAAUCCAAAUUACGUGAAUUAGGUUUUGGUUAUCGUGCAAAAUAUAUCCAUCAAACUGCAUGUAAAUUCACUGAUGAUUCAAAAUAUCCCGAUAUAACCCUUGAUCAAUUGAAUUCUAUGAGAAAUGAGAAAUAUAUAAAAGCUCAUGAAUUUUUACUACAAUUAACAGGUGUUGGUCCAAAAGUAGCUGAUUGUAUUUGUUUGAUGUCUUUGGAUAAACAUGAUGUUGUCCCUAUAGACACUCAUGUUUAUCAAAUUGCUGUGCGUGAUUACAAGUUUAAAGGAAAGAAGGACAUCAAGACUUUAAAUAAAGAAACUUAUGCUGCUAUUAGAUCUUUUUUUAAGGAAAUAUUCGGUGAUUAUGCUGGAUGGGCUCAAUCAGUGUUGUUUGCUGCUGAUUUGAGUGAUUUAAAUAACGGUACUAAUAUAAUCGAUCAAGUUAAAGAAGAAGAACCCAAGGCAAAAAGAAUCAAACUUGAUAAAAGCAUAAAAGUUGAGAGUUAA